CAGUUUCUAUUUGGUUUCAUCACAUUUCUGGUGCUGUUAUGCUGUGAGAAAGCGACGGCUGGUUUCCGGGCCCGAGUGCUGCCCACCCAUCAGACUAUGGGUAUCAUUAUCUAUACGCUGGCCAUCGCUGGCUGUCUCACUGGCCUCAUACAGACCGCCCGAUCAAGACUUAGUGGUCCGACACCUUUGGAGCCGGAAAAGCCUGAUUACAAGAACAUACUAAACCCGGUGAAUCCAUUCCUGAACCCGGGUAUGGUGAUCAACAUGGUGGGCGUGUGUUUGAUCACCUUGGCCAUUAUUAUACCAUACAUUAUACGCAACUUUACGCAACGUAGAAAUGUGGCCUCGUUCAGUGUCAACUAAAAUUUUGUUUGCCCAUGCACACUCGAUACAGCAAUAACAUGAAAUAAUAUUUACCAAGUUAAAAUUGUUUACACACAAAAAAAUGCACACACCCGGGUUUAAUAUGUUUACACAUUUUUUA